UAUUACAAACUGCAAGGACUAAUAAAGGUCGAUAGACCUCCUAUCCUUAUUAUUAUUGAGGACUGAAGACUUUUAUUUACGCGCUCAUCCCGGAAGUGGUGGACACAAAAUUGACCUUGAGUUGUUUGUAAAUGGCAUAUGUAAGUUAGCUUAUGAGAUUUCAUAACAUUGGAGAUGAACUGUUAUCAUACUGAAUGACUUUCCAAAAAGGAUGUUACGACAUUGGGCAGUGAAUAUAUGCUCAUUGUGUUCCCUAAUCCCAUUACUCAAUGUACUGAUGAUCGUAUGUUCAGAGAUUUUCGGAACUAAAAAUGCAACAGAAGCAACAAACAAAAGCAAUACGAUAGUAUGCGUCCGGAUGUAUUUUUAAGAAUUUCCAAUCUUCCACUUCACCACGGUCGCACGAGAUUUUCUCACUUAAUAUAAUUUGAAAUUUGAUUUAUUCUGAUAGCUCUUGUCAGUAACCUCAGUGAUAACUUUGAUCAUAGCAAAACAACCAUCGUGAACCCUUAAUAUUUUUCGACUGGUCAACCAACAUAUUGAAGUUUUUUGUCCUACACAGACGCUGGUUUACUAUUGAAUAUUCGUGUAUAUAGUUCACAGACUACAGGACACUAGUUUCACGUAGGAAUCAAUGAAUAUCACUGCUAAAAGUAAAAUAUUUGAUUUCGAAAGGUUUGCCACACUGCAUUGCCUUCAAGCUUUGCAUCCGUGAAAUCCUUUGGUUUUCGUGAGUACAGUGUAAAAUUAAUGUUUGUCAACCAGAUUUUUAUUACAUGAUAUACCUAUCGUUUUAGAGAUUAGUAAUGCAAAAAUCUAGUUCUUGCCUACCACUCUUAAUUUCAGUUCGUGAACGAAGUCAUCAUCAUCAUUACUAAUUGCACCCCAAGUCGUUUCCAUAUAUAAGACGUAAAGAAUUGAUACAUCAAUUUUUUUCUAUGCUCAAUGCCUGAUCGUUUGGAUGGGUGAGAAACACAAGGUAUAAGUCCUGAGUGAUCUUAAAGAAGCAAUUAGCGUUACGGUAGGAGACGUAAAUAUUUUCGAAUUACCACUCAAUGCUCUGAGAAACUUUCCACUUUGGAUCGUUUCUACUACACAAAACUACUUCAUCCGAAUACUUUAAGUACAUGUGUAGUUCUUGUGGUGAGGAUUUGAACUGUAAAAUAUUAGACUAAGGAAAUGUUAUUUCUAGAGAUCAAUCUACAAUAAAAAUAAUUAAAAAUAUCAAUGGAUAGCCGUAUAAUUGCUUAGGGUAGCUAAUCUAGGUGAGGACAGAAACUCUUCGUUCUAAUGUGUUAGACUCAGUGUAAAAUUUCGACUCUAAUUUUUAAUCAUAUUCCUUUUAGUCAACUUUCAUUUUUCUAAAUUAACAUUCAUUGUCAGUCUCGGCGGCUACUCUUGUUCGAUCGAAAAGAAGUAGACUUACUGGGCGGCGAAAAUCUGUUUUCUAAGCUGCAAACCGUUAGCACCAACUGCACAGCAUAUGGUCGUGGUCACAUAUGGUUUGGGGAUUCUUAUGGCUUUGUACAUCGUGUAGAUCGGGGUUUACACAUAAUUUCAUUUCAAGCUCACGACAGCUGUGUUCACCUAAUGCAUCAAAUGAAGGAGCAUGAUUUACUCAUAACUAUUGGUGAAGACAAAACAAAGGAGAUCAAUUUAAAAGUAUGGAACCUUACAAAAUGGACAAAUAAAAUGACACCAUUUUGUUGUCGGGUCACAUCGGUCACUCCCUCUGGGCUUCCUCUUGCUUACGUUACUUGUUUGGCUAUAGACGAAGGUCUUCAUUAUAUGGUUUUGGGUCAUGUGAAUGGUAUAGUUCAGUUAUUCAAAGGAGACAUCACUCGUGAAAGGCAGUGUAAACGUUCUAUUCUCUAUGAAUUUCUAUGUCCUGUCACUGGGUUAGGUUUAUACGUCCCAAAUCAUCAUUAUCAUCAACAAAAUAAACAACAAAAUUGCGCGAAUAGUGAUCUUUCAAAUAUUAAUCAAUGUUUAGAUCCUAUUGUUUUCGCAGCUUCAGAGCAAAGUUUGAUGAGUUUCGUACUUGGUCAAAGAGAGAAAAUUAAGUAUAAGACUGUACUGGACCGGUUUGGAGUACGACCUCACUGUACAACUAUGCUAUUUACUGAUGAUAUUACUGGAGCCAGUCCUCAGUUUGCUGUGGCAUGUUCAGAUGCUGUAUACUUCUACAAUUGGGAUGGUAGGGGACCUUGUUUAGCUACAGAUGGCGAAAAAAUUGCUUUAGAAACAUACAAAAAUUAUUUGAUUAUACUGAAAAAUACCGGAGAAUCACUAGUCAAUUCCUAUAACCCAUUUUUAAACUUAUCAUAUAAAAAUAAAGAUAUAAGGAAAUCAUUGUCAUCCUCAUCAUCAGCUGUAGCAACAACAACAAACACUACUGCAACGACAACAGCGACAGGAACAACACUUCCACCACCGCUCCCAUCAUCUCAAUCAUUUAAUUAUAUUACUUCGGGUACAAUUGUUAUCCAAGAUUAUAAUAAUAAAUUUGUUGCUGGUGAAUUUCAUUUCACCUACUUCAAAGCAUUAUUCAUUGAGUGGAAUGGUAUUUAUUUAUUGUGUGGAAAUGAAUGUUUCAAUCAAUCAAUAGAAGAUACAUUGAAUAAUAAAGAUGAGGAUGUUGUUGGAACAACUUCGAAAAUGAUUUGUUUAACUGAAAAAGAUACUCAAAUUAAGUUGGACAUGUUAUUUUCAAAAAAGAAUUUCAAUUUAGCUAUUGAGAUAGCUAAGUCUCAACAUUUUGAUGAAAAUGAAUUAGCUCACAUAUUUUGGCGUUACGCUGAUCACCUUUAUAAACAAAAAGAUUAUGAUGCAUCUAUUCGUGAAUAUAUCAAAACAAUUGGUAAACUUGAAGCAUCAUUUGUUAUCCAGAGAUUUCUUGAAGGCAGUCACAUCAUUCAGUUAACUACUUAUUUAGAAGCAUUAAAAGAACGAAACUUGUCAACAAGUGAUCAUUUAAUAUUACUCCUUAACUGUUAUUGUCGAUUACAAGAUGUAGAUAAGAUAGAACAAUUUGUUAAAGCUCCUAUAAAUCCAAUGUUAGACAUAACAUCAGCUUUGCAUGUUUUAAAGCAAUCAAAAUAUAUUAAUGCAGCUGUCAAACUAGCUGAAAAUACUGACCGAUACAUAGACUGUAUAGGUCUUUUAAUAGAAGACUUAAAUGAUGGUAAAUCAGCACUUAAAAUGAUCAACAGGUUGAAUUUCGAUGAAGCAUUGAAAUCUAUCAGUGAAUAUGGACAUCAGUUGAUCACUCGUUGUCCUGAGGAUACAAUUAAGCUUUUGGACAAACUAUGUGCUCAUCCGGAUGCUAGUCGAAUCAAUGUACAACACUUCUUGAAAGUGUUUGUCAACAAUCCUAAAGGUUUAAUGCAGUUUCUUGAUCGUUACAUCAAUACGGCUUCACCUUCUAAAUUGGUUGCAGGAGUUGUGGAUACAUUCUUAGAAUUAUUAUUAUAUGAAGCGAAUCGAUUGGAAGCUGAUAAAUCAAUGACCAGUGAAGAAUCAGUUCAACUAUUUCAAAUGGCGAUGCAAUUAUUAUCGAAUAGUGAGCUGCAAUACGAUGAAAAAAAAGCUUUAGUUGUUUGCCAUCAGCGACAAUUUUACAAAGGUUGUAUCUAUUUAUGGGAGAAACAAAAGUUAUAUGAUCAAAUCCUUCGAUAUUACAUAUCACAAGAUAUGAAUGAAGAGAUAAUGAGUGUAUGUGAAGAUUAUGGUAACCAAAUGCCAAAUUUAUGGCUUACUGCUUUGAUUAAUUACGCACACAAACCCGAACAUUCAGAUAUUCUUAAACGAGUCAUAGAUCAAGUGGACCGUUUAAAUCUGGCAUCACCACUUGUUGUCCUACAGUUAUUGUGUGAUAGUGAUCAUGAAAAUUGUUGUAAUGUUGGAACGAUACGUGAUUAUCUUCUACGCCACUUAGAAGCUGGCAGUAAUCGAAUUAACAGUAUGAAAAAUGAAGUGGAUCGUCUCCGUAAGGAAACAAUGCAUAAUCGUGAAGUAGUACGUAAAUUAAACAAUCAAGUGAAAAUAUUCCAACAACAAAAGUGUCAGCUGUGUCAUCAAAGUCUGGACCCUCCAUCAAUCCAUUUUUUAUGUGACCAUUCUUAUCAUAGGGUAUGCUUUGACAACUAUGCUUAUGGUGACCAACAAUGCCCUCAAUGUGCACCUCAAAAUAAGAAAUUGUUGGCCGAAAUCAAUAAUACCUUGCCAAUUAAUAAAUCAAUAUCUGGGAAUGUUAAAGAAUCACCUGAUCAGUUAUUAAUUCAACUGAAAACUGCAUUAGAUCUAGCGAAAGAACUACCUACUACUAAAGAAUCUCAUAAUAUACCUUCUUUUGCAAAUAACAUUUCCACUACAACUUUGAUGACCGAUUUCAAUUCAUCAUCAAUUCAUUCUCCACUUUUAAGUAAAGCUCUAUCUAAUGUUUUAGCUCAGAGUUCUGGGCUAUUAACUAAUCAAAGUAAAUCAAUCGGUAGUCAAAAUCUAAAAAAUGCUAAUCAUGAUGAUGUCAUGUCUGUAGAUAAACAAUCCAUUGGAUCAUUGAAAGUUUCAACUUCUUAUAAGUCUCCAACAUUACCUAGAAAUUCUUUGUCGAAUCAGACUACUUUGACUUCGACAAAUGCUAAAACUCCCUAUACUGCUAGUGAUUAUCACAGUUCAUCAACCAACCCUUUUGAAUUGGAAUCAUCUAUGUCUGUUGGUUAUUUCUCAUCUACUAACCCAGCUCAAUCUAACUUAUCUGUACAUAAACCAUUAAAUCCAUUUGAUGAGACCAGUGAUUCUGUCAAUUUUAAUGAUGAUGAGGGUGAUGGUAAUGAAAAUGUAACAUCUCAUUCAUUUAGUCAUAGAUCUGAACAUCAUGAGUCUGUGGAUGUGGGUUUCAAUGAAUCUCUGACUGGUGAACAGCAACGACAACAAAAUGUUUAUAAGCCACGAUCAUUAAAUCCUUUCGAUUGGGAUUAAUACACGAGAUUGUGGUUUAAUUUUUGCACUAUUACUGUUUUAAAAAUAAUUAUAAUUUCGCCGGUUUUUAUUUUCGAAGUAUAUCUAUUUUAUUCAACUAUUUAACUUUCUCAUUUCUAACCAUCAACAUUACUACUGAUAAUCAUUCCUGUUUUCAAUUUCCCUCAGUUCUUGUAUGUGAUUUCAUUUUUUUGUCAUGAUGCCUACUUUGUAUUUUGUAGUUUUCUGACAUUUGUUCGGUAUUAAUUGUAAUCAUAGUUUUCUUCUGGAUUUUUUUUCAAUAGAAAUGUUUAGAUCCAACCACUAAGUUGUAAAUUACUCCGUUAAUAUUAAGUUCUAAUCCUGUCAUCAAAAUACAGUUGCUUACUUGAUAUUAAAUUUCCAUGAUGAUGUAAGGAGUAAGUCGAUUCUGUAUUGCAAGUUUUCCCACAACUCAUAUCUUCUUAACUUUAUUAUACCGAAUCAUGUUUCAGCUGUGCUAGGGCUGACUUCUAAAGUUAAGCCCUAGCGGACUCACAUAGUCAAUUCUCUGUAACUUCAUUACCUUUGGAGUCUACAAAGUAAAAUAAAUUUAAUUCUUUUGGUAAUGAUAUCCUCAAUUUAUAGAAUUUAUUAAAUAAUUGUUCUGAAAGAGAUAUCUAACUGAUCAACAAAUGUUCAACGAACUAUUCCAAAAAAUGACCUGUGACAAAUUUUUACAAAAGAAUAAAAGUUUUUAUCACCCUCUGACUAACUGAUGGAAACAAUUACUCGUAGCUCAACAGUUAGUCCCAUUUUGUUAAUCACUCCUCUUAGGGUUUAGUAUACUGUGUUUUGCUAGAGAAGCUUUUGACUGUAAUAGAAGCUGAACUGGUAUUUUUGCUAAAUUCGUCUUGUUUGUAAAGUUAGAAUCAACUAACUUAAGCAGAAAGUUUGUACCACGACAUAAUUCAAUAUGUCUCAAAAGUACUUUCUAUACUGUACAAAAACACUUGGUUUUUCCUAAUUGAACAAACUUUGGACCGUUGGUCUUCUGCAUCCAAGUCAAAUAUUAGAAUCUUAAUCUUUACAUUGUCCAUAUAUCAUUGCAAAAUGACGUAGUUGGUGGGCUAGCUUUUGCCGCAUAUCCAGUUCUGCAUAUCACUGAAAUCCUUGUACAUUAGAUAUAGUCUGUCCCUGAAAAGAUAUACCACAAUGCACGACCUGUCGAUCUCAGGAGCACCUUAACGUGCUCCACUGACUUCCGGACGAUAUUGAAACGAAAUUAUGAUUGGUUUUGGCACCGCAACGUACCCAGCAAACAUUUUGAAACUGCAGAGAACCCUGUAGUAAUAUUUGAACUUCAAUCUUGUACUAGAACACCUUCCGCAGUGCUUUGGCGAUAGAGUUAGCAGAUAAACACGGUUGUCUUAUAUACACCACAGAUGUGGACAUCGACACAAAAAAAGAAAUGUCCAUCCUACUAACUUGAACAAUUAUCAAUGAAAACCUGUAUUCGGUAUGCUAGUAGCAUGUUGAAGAACUGUCCACAUUUUAGCAGCCCUAUAUUUGACCAGUUGGAUCAGACGAUGAUGGUUGCUAUCGAUUUAUACAUUCCGUCAAUCCUCGUAAAUACUUAUUGACGUAAAUCGCAUUAGCGAAUAACGGAAAUGAAGUUUGGGUACGUAUAUAAUGUAUACUCAUUGAUUUCAACUGACAAUCGAGGGAACAACGAUAAGUGGAAAGAACGAAAAGAAAUGACGCAAAAUGAAGAGGACAAGUUUGUGGAGCAAAGCUGUUGAACUACAAAAUCUAAAGCCGAGUGAAACAAAGUAUAUCGGAGGUCAAACUUAUAAACAAACAAGAUCAAAAUUUGAGCACAACGUAAAAAACACAGUUAUGCUAGCGACAUUUAGUAUAACACUAUUCAUUCAAAUAAUUUCAGUUCUUCUCUCACUGAGCACCGAUUACAAAGUUUUCCUUGCUCAUUUCAUGACGAGUUGAGUUUUAUUUGCUAAACAAGAUCCUGAUGCUUUGCCUAAAUAUUUGAUAGUUGUGUGUGCCAAGUGCAGAAGAGGUAUUGGUAUUCAUCGAAUUCUGAUGGCAAGACACCUAGACUAUGUACUGACUAUAUAUUAAAAUUGAACUCCAGUUUGUUGAAGCAGACAUGCAGGACGGUGGAAACUGAAAAUAGUCUGAAUCAACUUCAUGAUUCGAAAGUGCUCACUUAAAUGAUUCUUAUCCUUAAAUUUAUUCUGAUCAAUCUCGAUCUAUUUUCACGACAAUUAACACUAGUUUUGGCCUGUUCAAAUACACAUCACUUCCAUUUGCUUCAAGUUGUUCUCCAGCUACAUUUCAGAAAGUGAUGAAUAAUGUGGUGAGUAAUCACGAAAUUGUUGAAGUUCAUCAAGAUGAUCUCACUGUUCUUAUUUCUGAUAAAAUAGUUCAUGAUCAGAAACUUAACGCUUUCUAGCGGUAUUUAACUGAGAAAUAUAUUACGGAUCUUCCAAACUACGUUUCACGCGAACUUGCUGUUGCUUAACUCGGUUAUGCAGAAAUUCUGAGAGAAGAAUCGGCUGUUCUGAGCUAUAAAAUGACUUUAUUGCAAGAUUUGUUUUUUAUACGCUCAUACGCAUUCACCAUCUUUUUUCUGACUAGCUCUUCGUAUUUCCGUACUAUACUGUUUUUUCCAUCUUGUUUUGCGUUUUCUUUACUGAUUUUUAUUCUUGAAAUUGAUUGCAGUUAUUUUUACCACAUGGUGUGUGGCUUUGGGAUCCUAAGUAUUUCCAGGAUGUCAUUGAAUUUUAAGAAACAGCUCCAUCUUUCCUUU